AGAUUCGGAUUACGCUGAGUGCAAAUGUAAUUUUUAUUAUUCGUAACGUAGGGAUAUUAAUAAUAUAUACAUUUCUGUUGAUCUCAAACCUUAAUUACACUUAUUGUCUAAUAUGCAAUAAUCUUUUCUGUUUGUUUUAUUGACUAAUUUGCUAUGGCGGACAGAGAUCUUUCCUUGGGUCCUAGAGAAGGUGUUUCUUACCCUAUCAAAGUACUUUAUUGCGGAAAUUGUUCCAUGCCAAUAGAGUAUUGCGAAAAUUAUCCUGAGUAUGAUAAGUGCAAACAGUGGCUAGAAAAAAAUUUACCAACUGAAUUUGAAAAGGUUAAAAUAGAUGACGAAGAUAAUGGAGGUGAAGGUGAAGAAAAGAAACGGCAGAAACGGGGUGGUAAAGGCAUGUUGAAAUCAAAGAAAAAAGAAGAUGUCCCUAAACUAGUUCAAGUUUCAAGAGCCCCUCGGGGCAAGAAAAAGUCUGUUACAGUAGUAUCAGGAUUAAGUACUUUCGAUAUUGACUUGAAAGUUGCAGCAAAAUUUUUUGGUACAAAAUUUGCAUGUGGGUCAUCAGUUACAGGAGAUGAUGAAAUUGUGAUACAAGGUGAUGUAAAGGAUGACUUAUUUGAUGUUAUCCCAGAGAAAUGGCCUGAGAUUGAUGAAGAUAGUAUUGAAGAUUUAGGAGAUCAAAAGAGAUAGUCUAUUUGUAAUCUCAUAUAAAUACACUCUUUGGUUUAAUGGACUGGUGUUCUACCUGCCAACAGCAUAUAAAUCAAGAAAAUAAUACAACAAACAUUAAAUUAUUAUUGAUUGUUCAUAUGAGUAAAGUCUGUUAAUAAUUACAUUUGAAAUUUGUGAA